AUCUUCAACGCUCAUAUUCUGUUCCUUAACACACAUUUCCAUUCCCCUUUUUUCGUUUUUCUUUCUUUUCCUCUCAAUCUCAAAACACAACACCUACUUUGCUUCCUAUAUUCAUUACUCCUUUACUAUGCAUAUUCUUCAAAUUCGAUUCAUCAGAUUCCUUUCUCUCUGCACAUUCUUUAUCUCUUUCUGAAGUGAAGAGAUUUGAGCUAACAGUAACAGUCAAAGGUUGGCCAACCUGAAGGUCGAUAAUUUUGCAUGAUAUGGGUUGGUUUACCAAGUUGCUUAAGGGCUCUGAUCAUAAAGUUUCACGAGGGCAAUACCAUGGCAAAUAUGGAGAGGAUAGAAUUUGGGAUAAUCAUCGGAGUUCAAUGGAUGACUUGACGGAUAUUGAGAGAGAAGACAUUGACUGUGCAAUUGCACUCUCUCUGUCCGAGGAGGAUCACAAAGGGAAAAAAGUUAUUGAGGACAACUCUCAAUCUGAAGAUGAGGAACUUUGUAAAAUUGAUGAGGAAGAUGAACAUCUUGCUGAAGUUCAACCAGAGGAAAAUGAAAAUCUUGGUAAAGUUCAAGUAGAUGAAGAUGAAUAUCUCGCAAAAAUUCAACAAGAUGAAGAUGAACGUCUUGCUAAAGCUCAACUUGAGGAAGAUGAGCAACUUGCUAGGGCAAUUCAAGAAAGUUUGAACGUUGGUUCUCCUCCUCAAUAUGAUAAUGACUCUACAUUUCUACCUCAGCUCUUUCCCCCUGGAUACAGAAUCUGUGCUGGAUGCAAGACUGAGAUUGGCCAAGGAAGAUUUUUAAGUUGCAUGGGAGCUGUCUGGCAUCCAGAAUGCUUCUGCUGUCAUGCAUGCCAUCUGCCAAUCACUGAUCAUGAGUUUUCCAUGUCUAGCAAUCGCCCUUACCAUAAAUCAUGCUACAGAGAGAAGCAUCACCCAAGAUGUGAUGUCUGCAAGAACUAUAUCCCAACUAAUUCAGCUGGCCUCAUUGAGUAUAGAGCUCAUCCUUUUUGGCUACAAAAAUACUGCCCAUCACAUGAGCUUGAUGGCACUCCUCGUUGCUGUAGCUGUGAAAGAAUGGAGCCAAGGGAUGCAAAAUAUCUUUUGCUUGAUGAUGGUCGAAAGUUAUGUUUAGAGUGCCUAGACUCAUCAAUUAUGGAUACUCAUGAAUGUCAACCUCUCUACCUUGAAAUACAAGAAUUUUAUGAAGGUUUAAAUAUGAAAUUGGAGCAGCAAAUUCCUAUGCUUUUGGUUGAGAGGCAAGCUCUGAAUGAGGCCAUGGAGGGGGAAAAGCAUGGUCAUCACCACUUACCUGAAACUAGAGGACUCUGCUUGUCAGAAGAGCAAACUGUCACCACUAUUUUAAGGAGACCCAGGAUAGGGGCAGGCUACCGAGUCACAGACAUGAUAACGGAACCUUAUAGGCUGGUCCGGCAUUGUGAAGUGACAGCCAUUCUUGUUUUGUAUGGCCUUCCUAGGUUGUUGACUGGAUCAAUCCUAGCUCAUGAGAUGAUGCAUGCAUGGCUUAGGCUUAAAGGUUAUCCCAACCUGAGUCCAGAAGUUGAAGAAGGAAUCUGCCAAGUCUUGGCCCAUAUGUGGUUAGAUUCAGAGCUUUAUUCUGGAUCUGGGAAUGAUGGUGCAUCAUCGUCAUCUUCAUCUUCAUCAUCACCUUCGUCCUCUUCUACAUCAUCAAAGAAGGGUAAACGAUCUGACUUUGAGAAAAAACUUGGUGAGUUUUUUAAACACCAGAUUGAGUCAGAUGCCUCCUCAGCUUAUGGAGAUGGAUUUAGACAGGGUAACCGAGCAAUGCUUAAGUAUGGACUUAAAAGGACCCUUGAUCAUAUCCAUAUGACUGGAAGUUUUCCAUAUUGAGAAUUUGACAGAUGAUAUAAUUUUCUCACGUAUACAUUGACCAAUACCUCAGCUUGGUCAUAAAUUAUAUAGUUCAAAGAUUCCAAGAUCAUAUAGUUUAACACUAGACAAAAUAAGGAAUAAAAUUGCUCCUCUUAGCGUGCAAUUACUUAAUUUCACGUUUUAUGUAUCAUUAAAUAGAAUUUAGAAGAGCUGAAGCAAUGAAAGUAUAGAUUUAAUUUUGUACUUGUGUUUUGCUGACAUUUGUUUUCUCAUUUGGAAAUUUUACUUGCUCCCUUCUU